CGUCGUCGUGCGCCAGCGAGCGCCGAAGAUCAGUUGAAUUCUGCGCGCAGGCCAGGGCGGAUGUGUUGAGCGGCGAGAAACCGAAAAAGUCAGUCGAUACGAUAGUCGAUAGAAUCAGAAUCGCAGCUAGUCGCGAAGAAAGUUAUUCGAAAAGUGAAAGAGUUCAGUUUUGGGUAUUGAGUUUUGGUUUCGAACGCGGAAGCGAGCGCGAAAAUGGAAGUGCCAGCGGGCAAUUAGUGCAGCCAGACACACACACUUGAGUACUUAUGGACAUAAAGACAUAAAGACACACUCGCAGCUCGAAAAUACAGCAAAAACAAAAGGAUUGCGACUGUGAAUUAUAAAGUAUAAAUUAUAAGCAACGACAACACAUCCACAGCGGAAUACGCAGCGACGACAGCUACAACAAACAACAGAAGGAAAUGUAUGUGCCGAGAGCUAAUUAAUUAAUUCUGAUAUAAAGUUCAAAGUGCCAGCGGCAAGUGGACGAGAAGUGACAAGUAGACCAAGUAGAGACCAAGCCACCAACAACAGCCACAAAAUGACUAACUGCCAAAGUUCAGCGUUCAUCGUCGUAGGCACCGUGUUAUCCAUCCUGGUAGCGGCCCAAUCGGCACCCGUUUCCACCACCACACAGGCAGAGAUCUACCUGUCCCAGUUCGGCUAUCUACCCGCCUCCGCCCGCAAUCCCGCCAGCAGCGGGCUGCACGACCAGCAGACCUGGGUGAGCGCCAUCGAGGAGUUCCAGAACUUCGCGGGACUGAACAUCACCGGCGAGCUGGAUGCGGAGACCAUGAAGCUGAUGUCCCUGCCGCGCUGCGGAGUUCGGGAUCGCGUCGGCACCGGGGACAGCCGCUCCAAGCGGUACGCCCUGCAGGGCAGUCGCUGGCGCGUGAAGAACCUCACCUACAAGAUCUCCAAGUACCCCAAGCGGCUGAAGCGAGUCGAUGUGGACGCGGAGAUCGGUCGCGCAUUCGCCGUGUGGUCCGAGGACACCGACCUGACCUUCACCAGGAAGACUUCCGGCCCCGUGCACAUCGAGAUCAAGUUCGUGGAGAGUGAGCAUGGAGACGGCGAUGCCUUUGACGGCCAAGGAGGCACCCUGGCCCACGCCUUCUUCCCUGUCUUUGGCGGAGAUGCCCACUUCGACGACGCGGAACAGUGGACCAUUGGCUCGCACCGCGGCACCAAUCUGUUCCAGGUGGCCGCCCACGAGUUCGGUCACUCCUUGGGACUCUCCCACUCCGAUCAGAGCGCCGCUUUGAUGGCGCCCUUCUAUCGCGGAUUCGAGCCCUCCUUCAAGUUGGACGAUGACGACAAGGCGGCCAUCCAGUCACUGUACGGCAAGAAAUCGUACCCGCUGAGGCCCACCAACGUGUACCCGGCCACCACCCAGCGGCCAUACACUCCUCCAAAGGUGCCCCUGGACGACUCCAUCUGCAAGGACUCCAAGGUGGACACGCUCUUCAACUCGGCGCAGGGCGAGACCUACGCCUUCAAGGGCGACAAGUACUACAAGCUGACCACGGACUCCGUGGAGGAGGGCUACCCGCAGCUCAUCUCCAAGGGCUGGCCGGGAUUGCCGGCCAACAUCGAUGCGGCGUUCACCUACAAGAACGGCAAGACGUACUUCUUCAAGGGCACUCAGUACUGGCGCUACCAGGGCCGCCAGAUGGACGGCGUCUACCCGAAGGAAAUCAGCGAGGGCUUCACGGGCAUACCCGACCAUCUGGACGCCGCGAUGGUUUGGGGGGGCAAUGGCAAGAUCUACUUCUUCAAGGGCAGCAAGUUCUGGCGCUUCGACCCGGCCAAGAGGCCGCCGGUCAAGUCCAGCUAUCCCAAGCCGAUCUCCAACUGGGAGGGUGUUCCCAACAACCUGGACGCUGCGCUGAAGUACACCAAUGGCUACACGUACUUCUUCAAGGGCGACAAGUACUACAGAUUCCACGACGCCCGAUUUGCCGUGGACUCGGCCACGCCCCCCUUCCCCAGGCCCACCGCCCACUGGUGGUUCGGCUGCAAGAACACGCCCUCGUCCACAGGUAAUAUCGUCGAGGGUUCGGACAACGAGUUCGAACAGCACUCCAUGAUCCCGCAUGCCGACGAUGGUAAUGGUGAUGACUUUGACGCAGCCGUGGGCGAUCACCAGUCAAACGACGAGCCAAUAGCCCCGGAAGUGGCCGAGCGAACCGGAAACGGAGCCAUGUCCCAGUCGAAACUGACGAGCAGCUCCGCCGUGGGCACCGUGAUCACCACCAUCCUGAUGUGCCUCGUCUCCAAGCUCAUCGUUAGCUAAAAGAGCUAACGAGAAGACCCAGCCGAGAAGACCUACGGGCAGUGCAUUUCGUGAACCUUAGCACAAAGCUAGCCACUCGAGUAAAGUUUCCGAGAUUUGACACCUUGACACCGAAGUGAUUGGAAUUCAAAUGGUACGCACAUCAUAUCGAAUACGACGAGAGGGAAUCCAAAAAGGAAUAAUGAAAUUGAUACAUAUACAAAUUGAAAUCGAACAGAAUAUCAAUUGUAAAUUGAGCGAUCAGCAUGUGACACAGGUGCCUUAUCAAAUACUUUUGUUGUUUUGUACAUAAAAUCAGCCUUAAAUAUAAUGAAAUAGUUUAUAACAUUCCGCAUUCUAACCACAAACGAUCGGAAGUCAUAUCAAAUCAGAAGUCCCCUACGUAGUAAGCUGUUUUGGUAAUGACAAAUUGCGAUAUUAAGUUUAACGAGCCAUAUGCCAGGAAUUGAAGAGAACCACACAAAAGUUAAAUACAUUGGACGUAAUUUAGUUUAGAUAUAAUUGUUAAUGUCGGCACAUGGGAAGGGAACUCGCAUGUUCCUCCAGCUGUGCUACAAAUUCGGAAACGCAAGUGUUUUAAGUUUUAAAAACGAUACGAUACGUGACUUGACCACAUAUAAACUAAUAUGAAAAUCAUCAUCGACUACACAUGAUUAUUGUAUAAGUGAUAUUUAAGAGAGUCCCUUAAACGAUAUUUCCUCGGGUUUAAUAUUUAAAACCGAAUUAUUUAACUUACGUAUUAUUAUGUGUAAUUUUAUUUGAUAUACCAUAAAUGUACGCUGAAAUAAGAGGAACUGAACAAAAACGAAAAUAAAGAGUCGGAUAAAUAAAGACGCAGAAGUCCAAUAAAAAAUAAA